AUGGCUCAGCAAGGCAACCGCCCGCGGCGGUUGCAGAGCAUACAGGAGAGAGAAUUGGACGAAGCGUUCAGCAACAUCCAUGAAGUUGAUGACAUGGAUGGGCACGACCGAAUGUCUUACCAUUCAUCGCAAGAAAUGGGCAAGGCGUCGGUGUUUGAGAUGAUCACUGCAUCUGGAUCUGUGACUUUGUCCACACGGUGCUUGAAGACCCAAGCUGCUUGGCAGCGCUCCCUUAUCGAGCAGCAGAGGUGCUUGCUGGGUCUCGUGUCGCGAAAGCUUCACAAAGCAGAGGAAAAGACUCGGGUGGACACGGCCGUCAGCGAAGAUCAGCGGGAGCUGUUGCGGAACUUCCGAAAGAUAGUCACGAAAGAUAUGGAGGGUGAGGAAGCCGACAUUCAAGGACACAAGGUAGUUGUCAUCGUCGUGGAGACGUCCCCGGUUCUUCGAGCAGAGGUGGCGCAAUUGUGUCAGUUGCUGGAGUACCCAUGCACCACUUUUGGCAGCCUGAAAGCUGCAGCUGCUGAGAUCAGAAACAUCAUGGAGAGUGCUGGCGCAAAAGCAGCGGAAUCUCCAACUUUCUUGGUGUUACUGGGCACAGCAUGGCUAGAUCGCGACCUUCCAGUUCAAUUCAAGCAGGACUCUGUGUACGUCACACUCGCGAGCCGAACGGAGGAGCUGGAAACGGCAACUCCGAAGCAGAUGCGCGAGAGGGGA